AUUUUGUAAUGUGAAGACAUCGCGCACUCCUCCACCACCUGACCCAGAUGAGCCCUCCAAUGUGGCUGAAGCCAUUGCAUCGUGGGGUUUGGAUUACAUCGUGAUUACCAGUGUUGAUAGAGAUGAUUUAGCUGAUCAAGGAAGUGGGCAUUUUGCUGAGACUGUUCAGAAGUUGAAGGCAUUGAAGCCAAAGAUGUUGAUAGAAGCCUUGGUUCCUGAUUUUCGAGGAGAUGCUGGAUGUGUUGAGAAAGUUGCCAAAUCAGGUCUAGAUGUCCUUGCUCACAACAUUGAAACUGUUGAGGAGCUUCAAAGGGUUGUACGUGAUCACCGUGCUAACUUUAAGCAAUCAUUGGAUGUUUUAAUGAUGGCCAAGGACUCUGCUCCAGCAGGGACACUAACCAAGACUUCGAUAAUGCUAGGAUGUGGAGAAACACCUGAUCAAGUUGUCAAGACCAUGGAAAAAGUGAGAGCUGCAGGUGUUGAUGUCAUGACAUUUGGACAGUACAUGAGACCAUCAAAGCGUCACAUGCCAGUGUCUGAAUAUAUUACGCCUGAGGCUUUUGAGAAGUAUCGAGCACUUGGCAUGGAAAUGGUACAUUUUAACCCUGUAUUCUAAAAACUCUAAUUGCAGGGACCUGACUUUUUUCUUUUUUCAUGCAUGUGUCAUCAUGUCUAUUUUUUUUGUAGUUACAACAUGACUUGUCUAUGUAUUAGGAAAUAUUUAGAUUACUGUGGGAUAAGAAGCAAACUGUGAAAUGGAUGAACGCCUGCGAGAUAACUUUAAUAUUAUCACCUUCUCUUUCUUUUUUGUGCAAAAGGGAAGAGUUGGU